GGCUGGUUAUAUAAAUUUGACCACUGCAGUGACCCCGCGUCCCUGGUGUGGCGGUGCUUUGCUUACCUUCAUUGUUAAGGCUUAGUUAACUAGUUACCGAUGACUCCCGCACUGAGAGUUUUGUCAUUCAGUGGAGUCUCAGGGUGUCGAGUCAUUAUGAUCCAUGAUUAAGCCACAUGUUGCACAUGCACCCACCCACCAAAAUUUAUGGGUAUGAGAUGAAUUGGGUGUCUUAUCAAAUAUCAUUCCAUAUACACCACACCUGCGUUUGCAAUCAAUCACCGUAAAUACGACCAUCCCCCACCUCUCUCUCACACAUUUCUUACGCAUCGUGUUAACAACGAAGGGAAGCAUCCCAAAAUCCUCCCACAAACUCUCCCACAAACCCUACAACAAGCAAAGAAUCCGAAAUCGGCCAACGCUUGUCUCAUCUGAACUACAUAGUAACCAGCAACUAAGACGCUAUUCAGUGUACUGCCUUUCCCUUUCGCGGGCAUUUUUCGAUUCGUCCGCCGUAUCUCAGCAAGAAGGAGCGCAUCCUCUCAUUUGGAAUCCAUUGUGUUACCUCUAUUGCCCAUUUAAGUAGUAGGAAAUUCAAUGGAUUCCCCUACUGUACCUGCCCCUAUGUCAAAUGCGCCAGGCCGCGGCCGAGGUGAUGGUAAUGGUAGAGGAAGAGGCAGAGGUCGCGGCCGGGGUAGAGGACAAGAAAGAGGACAAGGAAGGUCCCAACGUGGGAGAGGUAGGGGAGGCCAGACCUCAACACACAUUCCCCAGUCAGAUCCGAGCGAACCAAGCCAACCAUUACCGCAAACUCGCGUACCAACUGUGACUGCCAACACUGCCGAGGACGGGGAAGACAUAGAAGCUGAGGUGUGCUUCAUCUGCGCAAGCCCGGUCAUUCAUCAGGCCCUUACUCCCUGCAACCAUCGGACUUGCCAUAUAUGCGCUCUACGUAUGAGAGCAUUGUAUAAGAACAGGGAAUGCGCACACUGUCGGACAGUUGCCCCCUUUGUCCUCUUUACUGAUGAAUCUACCAAACGAUACGGCGACUAUUCCGACGCCGACGUCACAAGUACCGACGAUAAUAUUGGAAUCCGGUACACGAACGAAGACAUAGUUGGGGACACUGUCUUGCUCUUGCGUUACAACUGCCCUGAUGAUUCCUGUGACUUCGCGGGACUUGGCUGGCCCGAUCUACAUCGACAUGUUCGCAGCAUACAUCACAAGAAGAUGUGCGAUCUUUGCACUAGGACGAAGAAAGUCUUCACUCACGAACAUGAGCUGUUUACCGACAAGGAGCUAGAAACCCACAUGCGGCAUGGGGAUGAUCGCCCUGGCGCUGUAGACCAGACAGGAUUUAAAGGGCACCCGCUGUGUGGUUUUUGUGGUUCGCGAUUCUACGACGAUGACAAGCUCUUCGCGCAUUGUCGAGAUAAACACGAACGUUGCUUCAUCUGUGAUCGGCAAAACCCCAGGCAGCCUCACUACUAUCGCGAUUACAGUGCGCUUGAGGAGCACUACAAAAAGGAUCAUUUUCUCUGCCUUGACCAUGAAUGUCUCGAGAAGAAGUUCAUUGUCUUCGCCUCGGAGAUGGACCUAAAGGCGCAUCAACUCAGCGAGCAUGCGAACUCCUUGUCUAAGGAUGUGCGACGUGAUGCUCGCGUGGUAAAUCUUUCUACCUUUGACUAUCGGCAGCCUUACCAGCCACAGCAACAGCAACGACGAGGCGGUGGCUCUGCACGGGGUCGGGAUCGGGAUGGGGAGGGAGAAAGGCGCGGAAGGGGUCGCGAUCCCAAUGCGGAGCCUCUCCCCGUCAGUUCUGCGCAGACGCUUCGACGGGAUGAGCUUGCCUUCCAAAGGCAGAUGGCUAUACACUCUUCACAGUCAGUGUCCAACCGAACCUUUGGCGGUCAGCUAUCAUCGUCAUCAAACCCAUCAGGGCAACCUCCACCUGCAGCAUCUGCCACCCUCCCCACUGCUACCACCACUGCAUCUACAGUGGCCACCGACAUGGAGGGGCUGAGUCUAACAGACCCGAAUCUAGCGGCGGAAGACCGCGUAUCCCUCCUACGACACUCUGCUGUUAUUGAGCGAGCCUCGGGCCUCUUACGGAAUGAUCGCGACAAGAUUGCCACAUUUCGGAAUCAUAUAUCUUCUUACAAACAAAAUUCGAUGUCGGCCGCGGCGCUCGUCGAUGCACUCUUCUCACUUUUUUCAGACGCCUCUUUUUCCGCCCUUGGCACACUGGUCCGUGAGUGUGCCGAUCUCUUCGAAGACAAAACGAAAGGUGACAGGUUACGGAAAGCGUGGAACGACUGGAGAGCUAUCAAUGAUGAUUAUCCAACUCUGCCAGGCCUGGGCGGCAUGCAUGGCGCUACUACAUCUAGCACGGGUUGGGCUGCUGCAGCCACAAGUUCGCCCGUCACGGCUACCGCAGCACCGGCCCAAAGACAUACCACUCGAGUGCUCAAGCUUAAGAGUUCUACACAGCAGUCACGACGUUCAAGUGUAGAACAGUCCUCUGCCUUCUCCCAUGCGAGCUCCUCUCGAAAUCCUCCGCCACCGCCACCGCCACCGACUGCGGCCUUUCCUGCUCUGUCAAGCAAUACCAAUACUGUCCGCACUGCCCUUUGGAAUUCAGGAGGCACAUCAUCCUCAUCGAGACGCGCCAAACCGGCCAACCAGGACGAAGCAUUCCCUGCCCUUCCUGCUGCACCUAAGCCCACCACGACGAUAUUUGGUUAUGGUACAGGAAGCGUGCGUAGAGAUGCGGCGGGUUCGCGGGACACGGGGUUUGCAUGGGGAACGGCGGGUGAAGGAUCUGGCGCUGGGGGUGACAACACCGAGGACGGUGGGGAAGGAUCUACAAAAGGAAAAAAGGGGAACAAGGGUAGGAAGAAGGUGCUGGUGCAAUGGGGGUAGGCGCAAAUGAUGGAUGGAGAAACAAGACAAAAUGAUUUACGUGCCUACUUACCUGGCCUAGGUAGGUAGAUGAUGAUAUCACGCUUGAGGUUGGUUACCUAGGGUAUACGAGGAUUUCACCUACCGCCUAGCCUACCUACUAUGCAGGUAUGACUAUGUAGAUAUGUACCUAAUGGACAAACCUGGGAUGGACUUGGCAGGCAGGAAAGAUGAAGCUCACCUACCUAUAGUAGCAAAAAGGAUCAUGGUACAUCAUUGAAUAGUAGUAUAAUCAUUGAUAGUAUCAAACGACGUCUUCCUACCUACCUAA